AUUCUUUGUUAUAAUCUAUGUUUUGAAAUUCAGACGUCAUGUCUCAUCUAUAAGUAAAUAAAAAUAAUUAACGCAAAUACAAAUUAAAUCUGAAUAAAGCGUGUUAUGAUAGCUGACGAGGUCACCUCCCUCGUGUUACCUAAUUCGCCUCAUCUCCCUAUAGUAAUAACCUUGAACCCUCGCAAGAAAAUCGAAGCUGCUCAGAUACCUGUAAAAGAACUAAAAAUUAAAAAGGAAGAAGGAAAACAUCAUGGACAUCAUAAAAUUCAGUUGGUGCGAUAUCCUGUGACACCUCCUCCAAAACCAGUACCCAAGUUUCCAUUAAAUAUUUCAUGGCAUCCAAAUACUUUAUGUUUCAAACUGGAAGAUGAACCUGUUUUAAUCAGAGUUUGGAUUUGGAAUCGUUCCAAGCGUUCGAUCUACUUCAACUGUUGCGGACUGUGGGAUGACUUGGCGCGGUUUGGAGCUAGUUGGCGCUGCUUUCCUCGAACGAGGAUCUGGCUGCCUCCAGGUCUGAGGUCGAAACUGUUUGUCGAAGCAACCCCUCACGACGCGUCCACAAUCCCAGGCGCCGUCACCUACAUGCAAAUAGCUGCUGGACAUCUGAGGGAUAACGUUACGGGAUACUUUUCAAUACCCAUCGUAGCCAAAUUCUUGAAAUAUAAUAAGCCCCUCCUACCUGAAGGUGAAUGAAUUGCCCAUUUAGACUGAGUGUUUUAGUGUUUAAUUUUCUAUGAGGAAAAAUUCAUAAUAACUAAUAAGCAGGUGUGGUACCUACUUAUCAAUACCUAUUUGAAACAUUAUAUAUAUCUAUUGUUAUGAAAUAAUAACACUCCUGUAAGUAAUUAAGUAAUAAUAAUUAUGUAAAUAUCCUUAUGUGUGUAGCGUUUAUAUCGAAGUAGGUAAUCUAUCUGAUAAUUCCUGGAAAUCCACAAUUGAUUAUAAUGACUCAUAUAUGUUUGUUUCAAUGUUUAUUAUUAUUUAUUUUUGUAAAAGUAGCCGCAACUGCUUGAAUACUUUCGUGCAUUGAUACGUCGAUUUUACAUAACGAUUUUAUU